CUGCAUUGCUGUGGCGGCGCAGAAAGCGAGCGGACAAAAGGCGAGCUGGGAAACUCACAAACGUGAUGAAUUAAUCACACGCCAUGGCUCGGUUUUCCGACCCGGCCGUUUCGGUGUCGACACGGAAGUCGCGCGCGAGCCGGCGGAGGAGUGUUUGAUGGAGAGACUCGGAAAGAGGAGGCGCACAGGCGCGCGCACGCAGCACAGACAGAAUAAACGCCUGGAAACGCACAGAGAGGAGAAGAAAGAAAGAAAGAAGGGAGGGAUAGAAUAGAAAAGAAAACGCCCUUUUCAACACCCCCUCUGCAAAUAUUUUUUUUUUUAAAUAAAUAACUAAAACCUCCCGACAGUUUGUUGCUCUCUCUCUCUCUCUCUCUCUCUCUCUCCGGGGGACUCGAGCAUGGCGCGGCGGGCUGAGCUGGGGUCCUGCCCCACUUUUCAAACUUAAUUGGAGGAGCAUUUCCGGUUGGAUUAAUCCACAUUUUUGCCCUGGCGGCGGGCUGAGAGCCGCGGAACCCGACAGGCCACAGAGCAGCUCUGCGUGUUGUCCUGUCCUGAAGGUAAAGUCCUCGCGCUUCCGACGCUCUGAUCUGAUCUGAUCUGAUGUGAGGGUAUGAGAUGAUCAGAUCUGACCUGAUGAUGUCUUUGGGAGCUGAGAGCAGGAUGGAGAAGCGCUUGAAGAGGCUGGAGGCCAUGAUCAGAGACCCGCGCUCUGCGGUCAACCUGGAAAGUUUGCUGGACGCCAUGAACGCCAUGGUUUUAGAUCUCAACUUUCCCGCCUUACGCAAGAACAAGAACAUUGAGACCUUCUUGAACAGAUAUGAGGCAGUAAUGGGUGAUAUCAGAGAUCUGCAGAUGAAGCCGGAGGAUUUCGACAAGGUGAAGGUGAUCGGCAGGGGCGCGUUCGGAGAAGUGCAGUUGGUGAGACACAAGGCAUCUCAGAAGGUUUACGCCUUGAAGCUGUUGAGUAAAUUUGAGAUGAUCAAGCGCUCAGACUCAGCGUUUUUCUGGGAGGAGAGAGACAUCAUGGCAUUCGCACACAGCCCCUGGGUCGUACAGCUGUGCUGUGCGUUUCAGGACGACAGGUUCCUCUACAUGGUGAUGGAGUACAUGCCGGGCGGAGACCUGGUAAACCUCACCAGUACGUAUGACGUUCCUGAGAAGUGGGCCAAGUUCUACACGGCGGAGGUCGUCAUGGCUCUGGACGCCAUCCACUCCAUGGGUUUCAUCCACCGAGACGUGAAGCCCGACAACAUGCUGCUGGACCAAAAUGGCCACCUUAAACUCGCCGACUUCGGCACCUGCAUGAAGAUGGACUCGACGGGCAUGGUGCACUGUGACACAGCGGUGGGCACGCCCGACUACAUCUCACCCGAGGUGCUAAAAUCUCAGGGCGGAGACGGGUACUACGGACGCGAGUGUGACUGGUGGUCUGUUGGAGUGUUUAUUUUUGAGAUGCUCGUCGGUGACACUCCGUUCUACGCCGACUCUCUGGUCGGGACCUACAGUAAAAUCAUGGACCAUAAGAACUCGCUGAACUUCCCAGAUGACGUCGAGAUCUCAAAGGAGGCCAAAAAUAUCAUCUGUGCGUUCCUGACAGACAGGGAGGUGCGUUUAGGGCGGAACGGCGUGGAAGAGAUUAAGAGACACCCGUUCUUCAAAAACGACCAGUGGACCUUCGAUACCAUCAGAGACACUGUGGCCCCCGUUGUCCCUGAGCUGAGCAGCGAUAUCGAUACCAGUAAUUUCGAUGACCUUGAGGACGUUAAGGGUGAUGUGGAGACGUUCCCGACACCGAAAGCCUUCGUAGGGAACCAACUGCCCUUUGUCGGAUUUACGUAUUUCAAAGAAGACCAGUUGUUAAAUGCUUUCAACAGUUCAUCAGAACGUCCUGCUUCUGUUAAAGGAGAGGACAGCGUUGUGCUCCAGAAGAAGCUUCACUCUUUAGAGGAGCAGCUGAAUAAUGAAAUGCAGGCCAAAGACGAGCUCGAGCACAAGUACAGGACGAGCAGCGCACGACUCGACAAGAUCGCUAAAGAGCUCGAGGAAGAGAUGAGCAGUAGGAAAGCUCUGGAGUCGUCCCUCAGACAGCUGGAAAGAGAAAAAGCUCUGCUGCAGCACAAAAGCAUCGAGAGCCACAGAAAGGCUGAGAGCGAGGCGGAUCGCAAACGCUGCCUCGAAAACGAAGUGAACAGUCUGAGGGAUCAGCUGGAGGAGAUGAAGAAGAGGAACCAAAACUCGCACAUUUCCAAUGAGAAGAACAUCCACCUGCAGAGACAGCUGGACGAAGCGAACGCGUUGCUGCGGGCGGAGUCGGACGCGGCGGCUCGUCUUCGCAAGUCUCAGACGGAGAGCAGUAAACAGCUGCAGCAGCUGGAGACACAUGUGCGGGAGCUGCAGGAUAAGUGCUGCCUGCUGGAGAGCAGCAAACUGACGCUGGAGAAAGACUUCAUCAGCCUGCAGGCGGCGCUCGACACCGAGAAACGGGAGCACACACAGCGCUCCGAGACUAUCUCUGACCUGCAGGUGCGUCUCUCGGGUCUGGAGGACGAGGUGAAGCAGGCGAGACAGGCUCUGGCCAAAGCCGAGACUGAGAAGAGACAGCUGCAGGAGAACCUCACUGAUUUGGAGAAGGAGAAGAGCAAUAAGGAGAUUGACAUGACGUACAAGCUGAAGGUUCUGCAGCAGAGUCUGGAGCAGGAGGAGGCGGCGCACAAAGCCACGAAGACCCGACUUGCCGACAAGAACAAGAUCAGCGAGUCCAUCGAGGGAGCGAAGUCUGAGGCGGUGAAGGAUCUGGAGCAGAAGCUGCAGGUCGAGCGUUCCGCUAAGCUGCAGGUGGAGAACCGGCUGCUCGAGCUGGAGAAACACAACUCCAUGUUGGACUGUGAUUAUAAACAAGCACUGCACAAACUCGAAGAGCUGCACAGACACAAGGACCAACUCACUGAGGAGGUGAAGAACCUGACUCUGAAGAUCGAGCAGGAGGUCCAGAAGCGCAGUCUGACCCAGAACGACUUGAAGGCGCAGAACCAGCAGCUCAGCACCCUGAAGACGUCGGAGAAGCAGCUCAAACAGGAGAUAAACCACCUGCUGGACAUCAAACGCAGCCUGGAGAAGCAGAUCAUGGAGCUCCGCAAGGAACGUCAGGAUUCUGAUGGACAGAUGAAGGAGCUUCAGGAUCAGCUGGAGGCAGAACAGUAUUUCUCAACACUGUACAAAACUCAGGUGCGGGAGUUAAAGGAGGAGUGUGAGGAGAGGAAUAAGAUUUAUAAAGACAUGCAGCAGAAUCUGCAGGAUCUGCAAGAGGAGAGGGACUCUCUGGCAGCUCAGUUGGAGAUCACCCUGACGAAGGCAGACUCAGAGCAGCUGGCUCGCUCCAUCGCUGAAGAGCAGUACUCUGAUCUGGAGAAGGAGAAGAUCAUGAAGGAGCUGGAGAUUAAGGAGAUGAUGGCCAGACACAGGCAGGAACUCGCUGAGAAGGACAUCACCAUCGGCUCGUUGGAGGAAGCAAACCGCAUGCUAACGAGUGACGUAGCAAACCUGGCUAACGAGAAGGAAGAACUGAACAACAAGUUGAAGGAGGCACUGGAUGACAUGCAGAAGCUGAAAAACAACGAAGAGUCAAUCGCACAGAUGAAGCUCACGUUUGAGAGGCAGCUGCAGUCCGAGAGAACUCUCAAGACACAGGCUGUGAACAAACUGGCUGAAAUCAUGAACAGGAAAGUGCCAGGAAAUGGAAGUCGCCGUGGAAAUGAAACAGAUAUGAAGAGGAAGGAUAAAGAAAACAAGAAGUUGCAGCAGGAGCUACGAUCCGAACGGGAAAAACUCAACAGCACCAUCAUCAAAUAUCAGCGAGAAAUCAAUGAAAUGCAGGCGCAACUAGCGGAAGAGUCAGUGAUGCGUGUGGAGCUGCAGAUGGCCCUGGACAGUAAAGACAGCGAUAUCGAGCAGCUCCGAGGCCUCCUCAAUUCCGUCAACGCACAAUCGCUCGACUCAGCCAGCAUGAGCAGCGGCCCCGAGUUCGAAACGGACGAAUCGCUGCCAGAGACCAGGUUGGAGGGCUGGCUGUCUCUCCCUGUGAGGAACAACACCAAGCGCUUCGGCUGGGAGAGAAAAUAUGUUGUGGUGAGCAGCAAGAAGAUCCUCUUCUACAACAGCGAGCAGGACAAAGAGCUCUCCAAUCCCUACAUGGUGCUGGAUAUCGAUAAACUCUUCCAUGUUCGUUCAGUCACCCAGACAGAUGUGUACCGUGCAGACGCAAAAGAAAUUCCUCGAAUAUUCCAGAUCCUGUACGCAAACGAGGGCGAGAGCAAGAAGGAGCAGGAAGUGGAGCCGCUGCCCAUCGGAGAGAAAUCCAGCUACAUCUGCCACAAAGGGCACGAGUUCAUCCCGACGCUCUACCACUUCCCGACGAACUGCGAGGCCUGCACCAAACCGCUGUGGAACAUGUUCAAGCCGCCUCCUGCCCUCGAGUGCCGCCGCUGCCACAUCAAGUGCCACAAAGACCACAUGGAUAAGAAGGAGGAGGUGAUCGCACCGUGUCGAGUGAACUACGACGUGUCCACGGCGAAGAACCUCCUGCUAUUGGCGUCGUCUCAGGAGGAGCAGCAGAAAUGGGUCAGCAGGCUCGUUAAGAAGAUCCCGAAAAAGCCUCCAGGCCCUGAAUGGAGCCAUCGCUCGUCCCCUCGCGCCCCCACUAAAGUCCAGGCCAGCCAGUCGAUGAGGAGAACCAGCCGCCAGCUACAGGCCGGGAAACCCAGCUAACCUCACUUUGGGAAUGUGGUGUAACUUCAUGCUGAGGUUGGGCUCUCCUGCUUUCACACCAAGAACUUAACGUUUUUAUGUUUUCAUCGAUCCAAACUAGCGAGAAAACGUUACGUUACCGGUUUUGAGCGUUGCCGUGUAGGGAUGUCUCAGAGGUUUCCCAGGACCUUAAAAAAAUCCACAGAGAACCGUGAGAAGAUGAGUCUAUCCAAAUCUUGGAUCUUCAGCUCCAGAACUUUUUUUUUUUUCUUCACAAAACCAGAAUGCAAAGCACUCAGAUGGAAUGAAGCACCAAAGGGACACACUACAAGACUGUGGAGGAAUCUGUGAGUUGUUGUUCUUGGGUGGGGUGGGGUGGGGUGGGGUGAGUGAGGGGGUGGGGGGACUCGCCAUCCUGUCCUGGAGAUAGGUGUGUGCCCAAACUUGUGUCACGGUUUUACGAUAUCAUCACAAUACAUCAGCGAAGUAUUGAGUCUGGUAGCUUUUUAACCUUUUCUCUGAAUUCUGAUGGAUAGGAUCCGUGUGUUGUGUGCAAACCAAGAACCUUGUAAGAUUUGUUCAGGUGUUCCAUCUCAAAAAGGAACCUUGAUGGGCCUUGAGAAAAAUGUCGGACUCUGAAGGGUUAUUUGGUUGUCCUUCUGAAACUGGGUUUCAAGUAGAACCUUUUUGGCAAACUAGGACACAAUAAUUAUCUAAAAAUAGGGAUCUUUAGAAGACUUUCCUACAUACCUGUCUAUUGGGGACAGUAUUUUGACAGACAAGAAACCUCAGAGAUACACUCUUAAAAACGUAGAACUCUUCCAGGUUCUUUGUUUGUUUGUCCCUUUGGUAAAACUUGUAUUUUACGAUUAGAAGGUGUUCCAAGUAGAACCUAGAAUCCUUAAUUACACAAAAUAAGGUGUUUUUGGAGACUUUCAAUGGUAACCAUCUAAUGGGGCAACAGGUAAGGAACCCUGGCAGACUCGUGGCUCCACUGAGAAAAUGCAGAACCGUUCAGGGUUUUUAGUUUGUUCCUCAGGAAGAGCACUUAUAGGUUGUGUAGAAGCUUUCAACAGAAUAUAUUUCUGUAUCAGAAAUGGCCCCAGAGAGGACGUUUUCCCACAAGCUAAGAAACUUUAAUUAUCCAAAGAACCUUCUGAAGAAUCUUUUUGAAGCACCCUUUUUUCCCUCAGAGAAAAAAAAAAAAGUUCAUCAGCUUGUCUGAACAUGAAUCCAGAACUUCUGUCUUUGUGAGUAGAAUUGAGAUAACGACGCCAAGACCAAGGACACCUGCCAUGCAGCUCGAAAAUAAAUUGGCCAAAGUCCUUUCAAAGUCCGUGUCUUGAGAACGUGCAAAUCCUGUCCAAAUUCUCUUCAAUGGAAUGCCAUAUUGUGAAGCAUCCAGGGUAACAGUAUUGAUCAAUAUCAUGAUGUAUCGUAGAACCAGUUGGGCACACGCCUCAUUUCAUCCACCAUGGAACUGAAUGCACAUCGAUUGACAAACUUCGGACAUCGGAUUCCAAGAUGGACUGGUCCAGUCUGUGCUUCAUGGUCUCCAUAACUGUCUCCAGGACUGUAGUAUUUGGUACUUUAACACUACAUUAUCAGAACCACCACACACACACACACACACACACACACGCACGCGCGCGCACACACAUUUCAGUGUAAACCACACCCAUUCUUAACGGAGGGUUCAGUAUCUAAACCUGUUCUGAGGGCGGAACGUUCUGAUCGGUUAAUUUCAGCAUGAGUCUGACAACGAGCCACAAUAUCUCCUCAAAAGCAUCCGAAAAGAAAACUCGACAGCUCCAGCGACAGUUUAUUCAAAGCGUGGGGGGAAAAAAAAUUCCCAAAUCCCAGAUGAUUUUGAUUUGUUUCAAACGUAACCUUUAAACAGUUUAUGAGAAUUUAUUAUAACGAGUCAGAAAACUGCCUCGAUUGUGAGAGAAUUAUAACUAACUACAAUAGUAGCUAUAUAAUAGCUAGCGAUGUUAUAAUAACAAACGGAUGAUUUUGUCGUUUUGUUGACUCGUUUUGAUUUCUCGUUAACCGUGAUCAUUUAAAGUGACCUAAAUUGACUAUUUUGUGCCAUUUCAAGUUUGUAGUUUAAUACGUUUCUGGCCACAUUUUAUUUAUUUUAAGUAGGCGGAGCUCAAUUUGAAUUGACUGAUUGAUUAAUAUCAGUUUAAAAUAUGUAUAAAAUAUAACACAUUCCCAUGUGAACACUUUAGUUAAAAAUGUCGAUCUGGAGGUACAAGUUAAUCGUGGAGACGAGAUGUCAAAGUCGCGUCACAAAUUAAAUUAAUUCAGUUAUUGGUAAUCGCAAUAACGAUGUGACCAUUGCGAGCACAUGAGGCAUUUAAUAUUUAAGUUAUUCCACGAAAUCGAGUCGUACAUGAGCUGAUAGCCGGCGAGGCGCGUAGCACCGAGUUGUCUAUAAGCCGUGUAUGACGAGAUUGAGUGAGUGGAAUAACGGUUUUAUUCUAUCCACGUUCACUGGAUUUUGCGAAAUUGAGCAUUUUUAUUUUUUGCAAAUUUGAUAAAUAAAAACUUUACACAAAACGUCCGACGAAAUAAUUUCUGCUUAGGAUGUAAAGAAACCGGCGAAGUGACAGGAGCAAUUUGUGAAAAAUGCGAUAAUAAUAAUAAUUCUUGAAAAAUCUUUUUUCCAUAUUUUGUUGCGCUUUUUUGUGGUUUUGUUUUCGGGUAGUUUUUAUUUCGUCCUCGGUUCAGUAACACGCGCCGCCAUUUUGUUUUUCUCUACUCACAGUAUACGAGCUGAUAUCCUAGUAGAGAGUAGCCAAUCAGAGCGCGUGAAUGUGGAUAUAGAAUAUUCGUAAUUACGCUCUGAACCUGUUCGCAGGUUCAUUUUCCGACAGCAGCUUCAAAGAACGGAGAAAUCCAGAAUUAUGUUAAUUCGACAAAUCGGAAUUCAGUAAUCGAUGUGCAAAGAACGAGAGUUCCUGUUAUCGCUAGAAAUGGGUCACGUUCCUGAGGACGUCAAACUCCGCCUCCUGUCCGUGGUGGUGAUGUUUAACCAGCCGAGUCGUUUCUGCCCUGAGAGGAGGUUUGGGUGAGUGAAACUCCUACGAGCACUUGACACCUGAACACACACCUGAACACACACACACCUGUGAAUGUAAAGCCUGUGUGAAAAGGGGGGGGGGGGGG